GGGAAUGGCGGCGGAGGACGAGGCGGAGCUGGGUUUGCUGGAAUGCCGGGUGUGCUUUGAGCGCUACGGCCCGGACGGUCAGCGGCGUCCGCGGAACCUGCCGUGCGGCCACGUCCUGUGUCAGGGCUGCGUGUGGGCUCUGGGCGGCCCUCAGCGCCGGCGCCUGGAGUGUCCCUUCUGCCGCAGGGCCUGCGGCCCGGCCGACACCAGCGACUGCCGCCCGCUGCUGCAGCUGCUGGAGCUGCUGGGCCCCGCCGGCUCCGGCAUCCCCUCAGCCUUGGGCGGGAGGAGCGGCGGGGCCGCCGGGCCGGCCGCGGCGGGCCUCGGGCCGCGGCUGUCGCUGGGCGGCUGGGGGUCGCUGGUUAACCCCACCGGCGUGGCGGCGUGCCGGAGGUCGGGGCGGUUGGCGGUGGCACACGACGGCAAGAAGAGGAUCCACGUUUUCGGGCCGAGCGGGUCCUGCCUGCAGCGGUUCGGGGAGAGGGGGGACGCGGACAACGACGUCAAAUACCCGCUGGAUGUGACGGUGACGGCGGAUGGGCACGUGGUGGUGACCGACGGCGGCGACCGCUCCGUGAAGGCUUUUGAUUUUGAGGGAAGGGGGGUCCUGGCCGUCCGCGAAGGUUUCUGUUUGCCUUGGGGCUUGGAUGCCACCCCCAAGGGCGAAGUAAUCCUGACAGACUCGGAGGCUGGCACCCUGUACCGCCUGACAGCCGACUUCAAGAAGGGGAAAUUGAAGAAGUGUCAGAUGAUCCAGUCUCAGCUCGUCAGCCCCAGAGGCGUCGCAGUCUCCCAGACCUCGGGUGCCGUCGCGGUCAUAGAGCACCUGAAAGCUCCGGGACCAAACAACGGCAGCACUCGGGUGAAGAUAUUCAGCGAGGAGAUGGAUUUCAUCACCCAGAUGGACACCUUUGGUCUGGACCUCAUCUUCCCCGCCAGAAUAUACAUGGUGGCCGUGGCCUUUGACAAAGAGGAUCGCGUUAUAGUAACAGAUGUCUGUAGCCAGGCUGUGAUAUGCUUAGGGAAGCCUGAGGAGUUUCCCGUCUUUAAGCCUCUAAUUAGCCAGGGGCUUUCUUACCCCAUAGGACUGACUUACACGCCAAAUAAUUCCCUCAUCGUUUUAGACAGUGGCGAUCAUUCAGUGAAAAUAUACAGCUCCACCUGAAUGGGUUCAGGCGCUCACUGCUAUAGGUUCAAGCUGCUUUGGGCCAUAAAGCCCGCAAAGUCCCGGUGUUAGUGAGGAAGAGGCAUUUUCUGGGCUUGAAGUGGAGUUGCCCCGUCUGACCCAACACGCUGGUGCUUCCUGCAAGACUCACGUCGAGUCUCCUGCCUGUCCAGUGGAGAAGAGCUGACUGUUGCAGGCCCCAGUCAACAACGAAUCAACCAACCAAAUAAUCUGGCAUUUCAAAACUAUUCCAUCUCGUGACAACCAAAGGUUUCUGGCGCCUUUUGACAAGUAGGAACAGGGACAUUUGGAAUGGAGUAAUAGAAGUGUGGCACGUGGGAGAGAAAGUGGAGUGCUGUCUCUUGAUGCUUCCCAGCACAUUGUUUUGUUAUUGUCUACACUGGUGAGAGUGACAGAAUUUCUGUUUCCAGGAUUUCAGCAUAAGAAAGGACACUGGCCUCAUGAAAUGAUAGGAGAAGCAGAAGCUCCCUUUCAAGGUUGCCUGAAGCCAGCUGAGAUCAUUGCAAUGGAGGAGCUGCCACUGAUGACUUUUCCCUUCAUCCCUGCUGAGCAAAAACCACGCCUCUGGAAACAAAGCCUGGGCAUUGCUCUGUGUUAGACUGCAUGUAGUGUCUGGUGGCUAACAGAAGAGACUUGGAGACAGCAGACUCUCUUUUUCUGCCUAUGGCAAGAAACCCACGUGCAGCAGCUCCUGCUGCUGACAUUCUCCAGAUGCCC